CUUGAUCGCAUCGCAUGGGGAUGUUGAACCGUCGCCAGUAGCGCGUAGAGGUGGCGAGUGACGACUCGGGCUAAAAAACCCCACGACUCGAGCAACUGCCAGAUCACACGCAGCAGGGACAGGUGAGGCGGCGCUCUCGACGACUUCACGCCGAGCCCAUGGCGACGGGCACCGGCCGGCCCUGGUGGGCGCCGCCGCCGUUCCCCACCCCGCCGUCGUCGUUCACGGCCGACCCGCCGGAGGAGUUCCUCUGCCCGAUCUCGGGCUCGCUGAUGGCGGACCCGGUCGUCGUGCCGCCGGGCCAGACCUUCGAGCGCGCCUGCAUCCAGGCCUGCGCCGCGCUCGCCUUCUCCCCACCCGCCGUCGCCGCCGACCUCGCCGCGUCCGCCUCCUCGUCGACCCCGCUCGUGCUCGUCCCCAACGUCGCGCUCCGCACCGCCAUCCUCAACUGGUGCGACCGCCUCGGGCUGCCGCACCCGGCCCCGCUGCCGCCGGCCACCGCCCACGACAUCGUCCGCCGCCUCAUGCCGCCGCAGAGCGAGGACCCGAGCUCCAAGUCGCAGCGGUCGCAGGGACAGGCCGCCGCCUCGGCCCGGGUUAGGAGGCAGAGCGUCGACGGCUUCGUGCAGGAACCCAGCUCCAGGCAGAGGGGUGACGCUCUGGAGGAAGAGAUCAUGGCCGUGCUCGGGGCGGAGGGCGCCACCCCCGCGGAGCAGGCGUCGGCGUUGGCGUCGCUGCGGCAGGCGACGCGGGAGAACAAGGAGGUGAGGAGGCAGCUCUGCACGCCGCGCCUCCUCGCGGCGCUGCGCCCGAUGCUGCUCUCGGCCGACGCCGGCGUCCAGGUCAACGCCGCGGCGGCGGUGGUCAACCUGUCGCUGGAGCCCGAGAACAAGGUGCGGAUCGUGCGGUCCGGCGCGGUGUCGCCGCUCGUCGACGUGCUCCGCGGCGGCCACCCGGAGGCGCGCGACCACGCCGCGGGCGCCGUGUACAGCCUCGCCGUGGAGGACGAGAACCGCGCCGCCAUCGGCGUGCUGGGCGCGAUCCCGCCGCUGCUGGAGCUGUUCGCCGGCGCCGCCGCGGGGUACCGCGCGCGGCGCGAGGCCGGGAUGGCGCUCUACCACGUCUCCCUCUCCGGGAUGAACCGGUCCAAGAUCGCGCGCGCGCCGGGCGCCGUGCGGACGCUCCUCGCGGCCGCGGAGGCGCGGGACCGCAGCAGUGAGGCCGACGCCGCCGCGCUGCGGAGACUGGCCGUGAUGGUCCUGGCGAACCUGGCCGGCUGCCCCGACGGGCGCGCCGCCCUGAUGGACGGCGGCGCGGUGGCCGCGGUCGUCAGGCUGAUGCUCAGCGGCUCCGCCGCGCCGGGGAGCGCGGAGGAGGAGUACUGCAUAUCGACGCUGUACGGGAUGAGCCGAGGCAGCAUGAGGUUCCGGGGGCUCGCGCGCGCGGCGGGAGUCGAGGCGGCGCUGCAGUCGGUGGCCGAGGGCGGCGGCGGCGUGGGCCGGGACAUGGCGAGGCGCACGCUGCGGGCCAUGCGUGGGGAGGACGACGACGCCCCGGUCACGGCCACCGGGCUGCUCGGGCGGCAGUGGGACGACGGGAGCGUCGUUUCGGAGGGGCUCGUGUCCAUCCGCCGGCCGCCGCACCGGAGCAACUACGCCGGGCCGUCCGGGUCAAACACGACCCAGUUCUGAAAAGUCAAAGUCCUCGUUUCUGCAAGCCGUCUUCUCCUCGUUUCAUGAUGAAGUCUUUGCCUCUCUUGGUGGAACUGUAUUUGGCUACCAUGCAGAAAAAUAUUGCAUGGUCCUUGUGUUGUAUAAACUGUAAGGUUGAUUCUUUUGUUUGAUUUAAAAUGUAAUUUUAUUGGAUUUGUGCAGUUCUUUGGGUCUGAAUUAUGAAAAAGUGUAACUGAGAUUAGAGAAAAGAUUAUAUUAUGGUUCUGUGACACUAAUGUCAUAUUGACUUUAUGCAAA